AUGGCGCCCAACAAAGCCUGGGCGGUGGUGGCCAAGGUACUUGGUAUUGACCUUGAAGCCAGCACUCGGCAUCAAACAAAGGAACUUCAUGAACACGUUGCGAAGAAUAUCUCGCCAUACGAACCGUACUACGAAGAAGACCCAACCGUAAAAGAAUGGCUGCUCGAACACGUACCGACAAAAGACGGGUCGAUCCGUUAUGCCAAGAGCCUAUUUCCCUUCACCAAAUGGAUUCUGAGGUACAACACUCGCUGGCUUAUGUCUGAUGCCAUUGCAGGUGUAACUCUCGGGCUUGUGGUCAUUCCCCAAGCCAUGGCAUAUGCUCUGCUUGCACGCCUGAAUCCCGAAUAUGGACUAUAUACCUCGUUUACCGGUGCUGCUCUCUACUGGCUAUUUGGAACAUCCAAAGACAUUGCAAUAGGCGCAACAGCAGUAGUCUCUCUCCUCGUCGGCAAGGUCAGUGCGAAAGUCCUCGAAGAACACCCCGGCGAAUUCGCACCUGAAGAAAUCUCCAAAACACUCGCUUUCCUUGCCGGUGCAGUCCUACUCGUCUUCGGCCUUCUCCGAUUAGACUGGAUUAUCGAGUUUAUUCCUCACGUUGCCAUAUCUGCUUUCGUCACUGGUGCCGCCAUCACAAUCACCCUCAGCCAAGUUCCUUCACUUCUCGGCAUCGACGGUGUCAACUCCAAGGCUGCGGCAUACCGUGUGUUCAUUGAUACUGCUCAGAGUCUACCUCGGAUCAAACUGGAUGCCGCUAUUGGGCUAACGGCUCUGGUUUUGCUGGCACUCAUCAAGUGGUACUGCGAGCGCAUGGCCAGAACACAACCAAAGCGACGACGUAUGUGGGAAACGCUCUGCUCUCUGCGCAUGACGUUUACGAUUCUGCUAUAUACGCUCGUCAGCUUCUUGGUGAACAGAGGACUGGGUGCCGGGGAGCACAAAUUUCGCAUCACGGGAACAUUGCCAAAGGGUUUCACCCACGCUGGCCCACCGACGCUGAGCCCAAAGUUAAUCUCGGCGCUUCUCCCAGACCUCCCUGCCACGGUGAUCAUUCUUGUGAUUGAACACAUUGCUAUCGGUAAAUCAUUCGGCCGCAUCAACAACUACACCGUCCAGCCUUCUCAAGAGCUCAUCUCUAUCGGCUGCACAAAUCUCUUUGGUCCUUUCCUCGGUGCCUACUCCUCGACAGGAUCCUUCGGCGGCACCGCCAUUCUUUCCAAGGCCGGGGUAAAGACACCUCUUGCGGGCAUCUUUAACGGAAUGAUUCUUGUCCUUGCCCUUUAUGCUCUCACUUCUGUGCUCUACUACAUACCCAUGGCAAGUCUAGCGGCGCUCAUCAUUCACGCCGUGAUCAAUCUGAUUACCUCCCCAGACCACAUCUUCAAAUCAUGGCUCAUGUCACCGCCUGACGUAUUCAUCUACUUCGUCGGCGUUUUCGUUUCAAUCUUCACCAGUCUAGAAAAUGGCAUUUACGUCACCGUCGCCAUGUCAGCAGCCCUGCUUCUCCUCCGUCUUGCUCGGGCGAGGGGCCGCUUUCUAGGUCGCGUGCGUACUCACCGCCAUCCCGAUCGAGGCUCUCCUGAGCAGAUCGAAUCGGAUCGCCACUCCGUCAGCAGCUCUGAGACCCUUCCUCACACUCAACCCCUUGCCUCUCACCACUCUGCCGGACGAGACGUCUUCUUGCCUCUCGAUCGUAAGGACGGCACCAAUCCCGCCGUCCAAGUAGGAGAACUUUAUCCCGGCGUGUUUAUCUAUCGCUUCACCGAGGGCUUCAACUACCUCAAUCAAGCACAAUACGUCGACUCCCUCAUUCAGCACGUCACCCAUUCGACACGUCGGACUACGACCCCUCACUAUGAUCACCCAGGCGACAGACCUUGGAACGAGAUUGUGCCUCUGCCAUCCUCCGGAACCGACUCAGAAUCACAAGCCUUACCCAAGCCACUCCUCCGAGCCAUUAUUCUUGACUGUUCUGCAGUCAAUAAUAUGGAUUCUGGUGCUGUCGAAGGGCUCAUUGAUCUCCGCAACCAGCUCGAUCGCUGGGCGGAACCCGAGCCAGUUGAAUGGCACUUUGUCGGCCUUCAAAACAGAUGGACUCGAAGGGCCCUGUCUGCCUCUGGCUUUGGGUGUCCUACUACAGGGAGGCUGGACACUUGGGAGCCUGUAUUUACUCUUGCCGAGCUGGCGGGUCGACCUCACUUACUCGAUGAAGGGGCUUCGACCGCCAAGGGGUUGCACACCAAACAUGAUGCAAAGAAGUCCUUGUCUUCUGCUCUGGAAGAUGGUGUCUUGACUUCCGCAGAAGCUGGUGCGCGCAAUCUUGGCGCCGUGCUUGGAAUAAACCGCCCGUUUUUCCAUCUCGACUUGACUUCUGCCGUUGAGAAUGCGGUGAAGAAUGCGGCAAGCAAAGAACAUUGUCUUGAGGGAUUACCUCAUUAG